AUGAGAAUCUGCAAGAUGGUGAGGGUGGCAAGUGUGCUGGGUCUGGUGAUGCUGAGCGUCGCCCUCCUCAUCCUCUCCCUCAUCAGCUACGUGUCCCUGAAGAAGGACAACAUCUUCACCACCCCUAAAUAUGCCAGCGCUGGGGGCCCCAGGAUGUACAUGUUCCACGCAGGAUUCAGGUCCCAGUUUGCAAUGAAGUUUUUGGAUCCUUCUUUUGUUCCAAUAACAAAUUCUCUGACACAAGAACUACAGGAGAAACCGGCCAAGUGGGUGUUCAACCGAACGGCAUUCGCUCGUCAGAGGAGAGAAAUCCUGCAGAAUGUGGACGUCAUCAGAAAUUUUUCUCUGACCAAGAACAGUGUACGGACUGGUCAGUUAAUGCAUUACGACUACUCCAGUCACAAAUACGUAUUCUCCAUCAGCAAUAACUUCCGAUCGCUUCUUCCAGACGUGUCGCCCAUUCUCAACAAACAUUAUAACAUCUGCGCCGUGAUAGGAAACAGCGGCAUCCUCAUGGAAAGUCAGUGUGGGGCGGAGAUAGACAGCGCAGACUUUGUCUUUCGUUGCAACUUUGCCCCGACAGAGGCUUUUCAGAAGGACGUGGGGAGGAAAACUAACCUGACUACCUUCAACCCCAGCAUCCUGGAGAAAUAUUAUAACAACCUCCUGACCAUUCAAGAUCGGAACAAUUUUUUCUUACAUUUGAAGAGGCUAGAUGGCGCCAUAUUGUGGAUCCCGGCAUUUUUCUUUCAUACUUCAGCAACGGUCACCAGAACACUGGUCGACUUUUUUGUUGAACAUCGCGAACAGCUAAAAGUCCAGUUGGCUUGGCCUGGAAAUAUCAUGCAACAUGUCAACAGAUAUUGGAAGAACAAGCACUUAUCUCCCAAGAGGCUGAGCACGGGCAUUCUCAUGUACACGCUGGCCUCCUCCAUCUGCGAUGAAAUACACUUGUACGGAUUCUGGCCGUUCGGCUGGGACCCUAAUACAGGGAAGGAUCUUCCAUAUCAUUACUAUGACAAAAAAGGGACCAAAUUUACCACCAAAUGGCAGGAAUCCCACCAGCUUCCUGCAGAGUUCAAACUGCUGUACAAGAUGCACAGGGAAGGACUGACCAAGCUGACCUUGUCACAUUGUGCCUAA